CUUCCGUUCCCCGGGCGCGUGCGCCCUCUUAUUCGGCUCGCCUAGGUUUCCUGGGGUCCUGCUGCUUUGAGCUGGGGCGGGAGCGGAGGACCCGGCGCUCAGGGGUUGCCACACCAUGCGUUGGGGGCUGCGCCCUCGCGGGCCGGAGGCGGCCGCCCUGGCCACUGCCCGAAGAUUGUGGGGGACGCCCCGCCUUCCCUGCAGCCCUGGAUGGCAAGGGGCGACGAAGAGGCUUCUGGUGCGGUCGGUCUCCGGGGCCAGUAACCACCAGCCAAACUCGAAUAGUAGUAGAUACCGGGACACGGUGCUGCUGCCGCAAACCAGCUUCCCCAUGAAGCUGCUGGGCCGCCAGCAGCCGGACAAGGAGCUGGAGAUCCAGCAGAAAUGUGGAUUUUCAGAACUUUAUUCAUGGCAAAGAGAAAGAAAAGUAAAGACAGAAUUUUGCCUUCAUGAUGGACCUCCUUAUGCAAAUGGUGACCCUCAUGUUGGACAUGCUUUAAAUAAGAUUUUGAAAGACAUAGCCAAUCGAUUCCAUAUGAUGAGUGGCUCCAAAAUACAUUUUGUGCCCGGCUGGGAUUGUCAUGGGUUGCCCAUUGAAAUAAAAGUAUUAUCAGAACUUGGUAGAGAAGCUCAGAAUCUUUCAGCUAUGGAAAUUAGAGAGAAAGCUAGAUCAUUUGCUAAAGCAGCCAUUGAGAAACAGAAAUCAGCAUUUAUUCGUUGGGGAAUAAUGGCAGAUUGGAAUAAUUGCUACUAUACAUUUGAUGGAAAGUAUGAAGCCAAACAGUUGAGAACUUUUUACCAAAUGUAUGAUAAGGGCUUGGUUUAUCGAUCUUACAAACCUGUGUUUUGGUCUCCCUCAUCUAGGACUGCAUUGGCUGAAGCAGAACUUGAAUAUAAUCCUGAGCAUGUCAGUCGUUCAAUAUAUGUAAAAUUUCCUCUCUUGAAACCUUCUCCUAAAUUGGCAUCUCUUAUAGAUGGUUCAUCUCCUGUUAGUUUUUUGGUCUGGACCACACAACCUUGGACGAUUCCAGCCAAUGAAGCUGUUUGCUAUAUGCCUGAAUCAAAGUAUGCUGUUGUGAAAUGUUCUAAGUCUGGAGACCUCUACGUACUGGCUGCAGAUAAAGUAGAAUCUGUUGCUUCUACUUUGGAAACAGCAUUUGAGACUAUUUCAACAUUUUCAGGUGUAGAUUUGGAAAAUGGUACUUGUAGUCAUCCGUUAAUUCCUUAUAAAGCCUCUCCUCUUUUACCUGCAAAUCAUGUGACCAUGGCAAAAGGAACAGGAUUGGUUCACACAGCCCCAGCUCAUGGUAUGGAAGAUUACGGUGUAGCGUCUCAGCACAACCUGCCCAUGGAUUGUUUAGUGGAUGAAGAUGGAGUUUUCACAGAUGUUGCAGGUCCUGAACUUCAAAACAAGGCUGUCCUUGAAGAGGGAACUGAUGUGGUUAUAAAGAUGCUUCAGACUGCAAAGAAUUUGCUGAAAGAAGAAAAAUUGGUGCACAGCUAUCCCUAUGACUGGAGGACCAAGAAACCCGUGGUUAUUCGUGCCAGCAAGCAGUGGUUUAUAAACAUCACAGAUAUUAAGAUUGCAGCCAAGGAAUUGUUAAAAAAGGUGAAAUUUAUUCCUGGAUCAGCACUGAAUGGCAUGGUUGAAAUGAUGGACAGGCGGCCAUAUUGGUGUAUAUCAAGGCAAAGAGUUUGGGGUGUUCCAAUUCCUGUGUUUCAUCAUAAGACAAAGGAUGAAUACUUGAUCAACAGCCAAACCAUUGAGCAUAUUGUUAAACUAGUGGAACAGCACGGCAGUGAUAUCUGGUGGACUCUUCCCCCUGAGCAACUUCUUCCAAAAGAAGUCUUAUCUGAGGUUGGUGGCCCUGAUGCCUUGGAGUAUGUGCCAGGUCAGGAUAUUUUGGACAUCUGGUUUGAUAGUGGAACUUCAUGGUCUCAUGUUCUUCCAGGUCCUGACCAAAGAGCAGAUUUGUACUUGGAAGGAAAAGACCAGCUCGGGGGUUGGUUUCAGUCAUCCUUAUUAACAAGUGUGGCAGCAAGGAAGAAAGCACCUUAUAAGACAGUGAUUGUUCAUGGAUUUACCCUUGGAGAAAAGGGAGAAAAGAUGUCCAAGUCUCUUGGGAAUGUCAUUCAUCCUGAUGUUAUCGUUAAUGGAGGACAAGAUCAAAGCAAAGAGCCUCCCUAUGGCGCUGAUGUCCUUCGCUGGUGGGUAGCUGAUUCCAAUGUCUUCACUGAAGUUGCAGUUGGCCCAUCCGUGCUCAAUGCUGCCAGAGAUGAUAUUAGCAAGCUUAGGAAUACACUCCGCUUUCUUUUGGGAAAUGUGGCUGAUUUCAACCCAGAAACAGAUUCCAUCCCUAUUAACGAUAUGUAUGUCAUAGACCAGUAUAUGCUACAUUUACUGCAGGAUUUGGCAAACAAGAUUACCGAAUUAUACAAACAAUAUGAUUUUGGAAAAGUUGUUCGGCUGUUACGGACAUUUUAUACCAGAGAGCUCUCUCACUUUUAUUUCAGUAUAAUCAAAGAUAGGCUCUAUUGUGAAAAGGAAAAUGACCCCAAACGACGCUCUUGUCAGACUGCAUUAGUUGAAAUUUUGGAUGUAAUAGUUCGUUCUUUUGCUCCCAUUCUUCCUCACCUGGCUGAAGAGGUGUUCCAGCACAUACCUUAUAUUAAAGAGCCCAAGAGUGUUUUCCGUACUGGGUGGAUUCGUACUAGUUCUAUCUGGAAGAAGCCCGGGUUGGAAGAAGCUGUGGAGAGUGCGUGUGCAAUGCGAGAUUCAUUUCUCGGAAGCAUCCCUGGCAAAAAUGCAGCUGAGUACAAGGUUAUCAUAGUGAUAGAACCUGGACUGCUUUUCGAGAUAAUAGAGAUGCUGCAGUCUGAAGAGACUUCCAGCACCUCUCAGUUGAAUGAAUUAAUGAUGGCUUCUGAGUCAACUUUACUGGCUCAGGAACCACGAGAGAUGACUGCAGAUGUAACUGAGCUUAAAGGGAAAUUCCUCAUCAACUUAGAAGGUGGUGAUAUUCGUGAAGAGUCUUCCUAUAAAGUAAUUGUCAUGCCGACUACGAAAGAAAAAUGCCCUCGUUGUUGGAAGUAUACAGCGGAGUCUUCAGAUACACUCUGUCCUCGAUGUGCAGAAGUUGUUAGUGGAAAAUAGUAUUAACAGCUCACUUGAGCAAGAACCCUCCUGACAGUACUGGCUAGAAGUUUAGAUGGAUUAUUUACAAUAUUGGAAAGAAAUCCAAGAUUUAGGUAAUGAGUGGAUGAGUAAAUGGUGGAGGAUGGUCAAAAUCAGAAUUAUAAAGGAAGUAUUUCCUGUAACUAUAGAAAGAAUUAUGUGUGUGUAUAUAUAUAUAUAUAUAUAUGCAGAAAUAUAUAUAUGUGUGUGUGUAUCUGUGGAUGGAUAUAUAUAUAUAUAUCUUCCUAUAUAUAUCCAUAACGGACUUAUUCAGAACAUAGAUAUGUAUUCAGCUUGUCUUCAAAUAUGGCCCAGCAGAAAAUGUUUUAUAUUUUAUAAAUCUUUUGACUCAGUAUUUAAAUUCUAUCAUACUGAAAAUAAAGGCAUUCUGGAAAA